CUGAGAGCGUUCUACGUAGUAGAUCGGAAAAGGGAAAGGGACAGUAACUCCUCAAUUCGCUAGGCUCAAAACAAGUUAAAUUUGGUCUUAAAGGCGACUGACAACAGAGGUCCCUCGGAUCCCGCCAUUGGUGGCCUGCUCGGGACCGUGGUGAAUACUUACAGGCUGUUCCUGCUCACAAAGCGACGUGCCGAGGAAGGACGCGUCUUUUGAAUAGACAGGAUGCACGGGCCGCCCUCCGGCGACAGCGCAUGCUCCUUGCGCACGAUCAAGAGAGUUCAGUUCGGCAUCAUCAGCCCCGAUGAGCUUAAACGAAUGUCAGUCACGGAAGGGGGAAUCAAAUACCCAGAAACCACAGAAGGUGGUCGUCCUAAACUUGGUGGCCUUAUGGACCCGAGACAGGGUGUUAUAGAACGAAGUGGCAGAUGUCAGACAUGUGCAGGCAACAUGACUGAAUGCCCGGGACACUUUGGGCACAUUGAACUGGCAAAGCCAGUUUUCCACGUUGGCUUCAUUUCCAAGAUAAUGAAGGUUAUGCGCUGUGUCUGCUUCUUUUGUUCCAAGCUACUUGUAGAUUCGAACAAUCCAAAGAUCAAAGACAUCCUUGGCAAAUCCAAAGGGCAACCCAGGAAGCGCUUGACACACGUGUAUGAGUUGUGCAAAGGUAAAAAUAUCUGUGAAGGAGGAGAGGAGAUGGACAACAAGUUUGGGAUGGAGCAGCAGGAGACGGAAGAAGACAUCACAAAGGAAAAGGGCCACGGAGGUUGUGGGCGCUAUCAGCCAGGUAUCAGACGCUCUGGCCUAGAGCUCUAUGCAGAGUGGAAGCACGUCAAUGAAGAUUCUCAGGAGAAGAAAAUCCUGCUGAGCCCUGAGCGCGUGCAUGAGAUCUUCAAACGCAUCUCAGAUGAGGAGGACAUCAUCUUGGGCAUGGAUCCCAAAUUUGCACGACCGGAAUGGAUGAUCGUCACUGUACUUCCCGUGCCUCCCCUGGCUGUCAGGCCUGCUGUAGUCAUGCAGGGCUCCGCUCGCAACCAGGAUGACCUGACCCACAAGCUGGCUGACAUUGUCAAAAUCAACAACCAGCUCAGGAGAAACGAGCAAAGCGGCGCGGCAGCUCACGUCAUCGCAGAAGACGUCAAGUUGCUUCAGUUCCACGUGGCCACCAUGGUGGACAAUGAACUGCCAGGCUUGCCCAGGGCAACGCAAAAGUCUGGCCGCCCUCUCAAGUCUAUUAAACAGCGUCUAAAGGGGAAGGAAGGCAGAGUCCGUGGUAACCUGAUGGGUAAACGUGUUGACUUCUCAGCGAGAACUGUAAUCACCCCGGACCCAAAUCUUCAAAUUGACCAAGUGGGCGUCCCGCGAUCCAUCGCCGCCAAUAUGACCUUCCCUGAAAUUGUCACGCCCUUUAACAUUGACAGAUUGCAAGAGCUGGUACGACGAGGCAAUAGCCAGUAUCCCGGGGCCAAAUACAUCAUCCGUGACAAUGGAGACAGAAUUGACCUGCGAUUUCACCCUCAACCAAGUGACCUUCAUUUGCAGAUUGGCUAUAAGGUGGAAAGACACAUGUGUGAUGGAGACACAGUCAUCUUUAACAGACAGCCCACUUUGCAUAAGAUGUCCAUGAUGGGGCACAGGGUUCGAAUUUUGCCCUGGUCCACUUUUCGACUCAAUCUCAGUGUCACCACCCCCUACAACGCCGACUUCGACGGAGACGAGAUGAAUCUCCACCUGCCGCAGUCCCUCGAGACGAGGGCAGAGAUUCAAGAGCUGGCCAUGGUGCCGCGCAUGAUUGUCACGCCCCAGUCCAACAGGCCCGUCAUGGGAAUUGUGCAGGACACUCUCACAGCUGUACGCAAAUUCACCAAGAGAGACGUCUUUUUGGAGAGGGGCGAUGUGAUGAACCUCCUCAUGUUCCUCUCCACCUGGGAUGGAAAGAUGCCCCAGCCAGCCAUCCUCAAGCCCCGCCCACUGUGGACUGGCAAACAGAUCUUCAGCCUGAUCAUUCCCGGACACAUCAAUGUCAUCCGCACGCACAGCACGCACCCUGACGACGAGGACAGUGGUCCUUAUAAACACAUUUCACCUGGAGACACCAAGGUUAUAGUGGAAAACGGAGAGUUGAUUAUGGGGAUUCUGUGUAAGAAGUCUCUUGGAACAUCUGCUGGCUCCCUUGUCCACAUUUGCUACUUGGAGAUGGGACAUGACAUCACAAGACUGUUCUACUCUAACAUUCAAACCGUGGUCAAUAACUGGCUGCUCAUUGAAGGUCAUUCCAUCGGUAUUGGUGACUCCAUUGCUGAUGCCAAGACUUACCUUGACAUCCAGAAUACAAUCAAGAAAGCCAAACAGGAUGUGAUAGAAGUCAUCGAGAAGGCCCACAACAACGAGCUAGAGCCAACCCCUGGCAACACGUUGAGGCAGACCUUUGAGAACCAGGUGAAUCGUAUCCUCAAUGAUGCUCGUGACAAAACUGGCUCCUCUGCUCAGAAGUCUCUGUCAGAGUACAACAACUUCAAGUCCAUGGUGGUGGCUGGAUCCAAGGGGUCAAAGAUUAACAUCUCACAGGUUAUUGCUGUGGUGGGGCAGCAGAACGUGGAGGGUAAACGAAUCCCCUUUGGCUUCAAACACCGCACAUUACCUCACUUCAUUAAGGAUGAUUACGGCCCAGAGAGCAGAGGCUUUGUGGAGAACUCCUACCUGGCUGGCCUGACUCCAACAGAGUUUUUCUUCCAUGCCAUGGGAGGCAGAGAGGGUCUUAUCGACACAGCCGUCAAGACGGCUGAGACGGGUUACAUCCAGCGGCGACUGAUCAAGUCCAUGGAAUCUGUGAUGGUCAAGUAUGACGGCACAGUGCGCAACUCCAUCAACCAAGUGGUGCAGCUGCGUUACGGCGAGGACGGCCUGGCGGGAGAGAAUGUCGAGUUCCAAAACAUGGCAACGCUCAAACCAUCAAACAAAGCUUUUGAAAAAAAGUUCAAGUUUGAUUGCACUAACGAGCGAGCGUUGAGGCGAACGCUUCAGGAAGAUGUGGUGAAAGACGUGAUGACCAACGCCCUUGUGCAGGGAACACUGGAGAGAGAGUUUGAGAGGAUGAAGGAGGACAGGGAGAGCCUCCGAACCAUUUUCCCUACCGGUGACAGUAAGGUGGUGCUACCGUGUAACUUGGCAAGAAUGAUCUGGAACGCUCAGAAGAUCUUCCGUAUCAACACACGCACCCCGACUGACCUCAAUCCAGUUCGGGUUGUUGAGGGUGUUCGUGAGCUCAGCAAGAAGCUGGUGAUUGUGAAUGGUGAUGACCCACUAAGCAGACAGGCUCAGGAGAAUGCCACGCUGCUCUUCAACAUCCACCUGCGCUCCACACUCUGCUCCAAGCGAAUGACAGAGGAGUUCCGUCUUACCACCGAGGCUUUUGACUGGCUGCUGGGAGAGAUUGAGACCAAGUUCAACCAGUCUAUUGCACACCCAGGAGAAAUGGUUGGUGCUUUGGCUGCUCAGUCUCUUGGAGAACCAGCCACACAGAUGACCUUGAACACCUUCCACUACGCCGGUGUGUCGGCCAAGAAUGUAACGCUUGGUGUACCACGUCUGAAGGAGUUGAUCAACAUUUCCAAGAAGCCCAAAACACCCUCGCUGACUGUGUUCCUGCUGGGCCAGGCCGCCCGGGACGCAGAAAGAGCCAAAGACAUCCUAUGUCGACUGGAGCACACCACACUAAGAAAGGUGACUGCCAACACUGCCAUCUACUACGAUCCCAACCCCCAAAACACUGUGGUGGCUGAGGACCAGGAGUGGGUGAAUGUCUAUUAUGAGAUGCCAGACUUUGAUGUGACUCGCAUUUCCCCGUGGCUGCUGCGCAUUGAGCUUGACCGCAAGCACAUGACCGAUCGCAAGUUGACCAUGGAGCAGAUUGCAGAAAAGAUAAAUGCAGGGUUUGGAGAUGACCUCAACUGUAUCUUCAACGAUGACAACGCUGAAAAGCUUGUUUUGAGAAUCCGAAUUAUGAACAGUGAUGAGAACAAGUUCCAAGACGAUGAGGAGGUGGUGGACGAAAUGGAUGAUGACGUUUUUCUGCGGUGCAUCGAGUCCAACAUGCUGACAGACAUGACGCUUCAAGGCAUCGAACAGAUCAGCAAGGUAUACAUGCACUUGCCCCAGACGGACAAUAAGAAGAAGAUCAUCAUUACUGAGGACGGAGAGUUCAAGGCCCUGCAGGAAUGGAUCCUUGAGACGGACGGCGUGAGCCUCAUGAGAGUCCUCAGUGAGAAGGACGUCGAUCCCGUCAGGACCACCUCUAAUGACAUUGUGGAGAUCUUCACGGUGCUGGGCAUUGAGGCUGUGCGAAAGGCUCUGGAGAGGGAAUUGUAUCAUGUCAUUUCAUUUGACGGCUCUUAUGUCAACUAUCGUCACUUGGCGCUUCUCUGUGACACCAUGACGUGCCGUGGUCACCUGAUGGCCAUCACACGUCACGGCAUCAACCGUCAAGAUACGGGCCCGCUCAUGAAGUGUUCUUUUGAGGAGACGGUGGAUGUGUUGAUGGAGGCUUCAUCUCACGGAGAAAGUGAUCCAAUGAAGGGCGUAUCUGAGAACAUCAUGCUCGGCCAGCUUGCUCCUGCUGGAACAGGCUGCUUUGACCUUCUGUUGGAUGCUGAGAAAUGCAAAUAUGGCAUGGAGAUCCCCACAAAUAUUCCUGGCAUCAGCGUGGCUGGACCCACCGGAAUGUUCUUUGGCACGGCGCCAAGUCCCUUGAGUGGAAGAUCCCCCGCAAUGACCCCAUGGAACACCGGAGCGACACCGGCCCACGGCGCCUGGUCUCCCAGUGUUGGAAGUGGCAUGACCCCUGGGGCAGCAGGCUUCUCACCAAGUGCGGCCUCGGAUGCAAGUGGCUUCUCUCCUGGUUAUUCCCCAGCUUGGUCCCCCACUCCUGGCUCUCCAGGAUCUCCUGGACCUGCCAGCCCCUACAUCCCAUCUCCAGGUGGCGCCAUGUCACCCAACUACUCGCCCACUUCCCCUGCGUAUGAGCCUCGCUCCCCAGGUGGCUACACCCCUCAGAGCCCAGGCUAUUCCCCAACGUCACCUUCCUACUCACCAACUUCUCCCUCUUACUCCCCCACGAGCCCCAACUACAGCCCAACAUCUCCCUCCUACUCUCCCACUUCUCCCAGUUAUUCCCCAACAUCGCCCUCGUACUCUCCUACAUCUCCAUCUUACUCUCCAACAUCGCCCUCCUAUUCCCCAACCUCCCCGUCAUACUCCCCAACAUCUCCCUCCUACUCUCCGACAUCGCCAAGCUACAGCCCCACUUCACCCAGCUAUAGUCCGACGUCGCCGAGCUACUCCCCUACAUCUCCUUCGUACUCCCCAACCUCUCCCUCUUACUCUCCAACAUCCCCGUCAUACUCACCCACCUCUCCAUCUUACUCGCCCACCUCUCCUUCCUACUCCCCAACGAGCCCCAGCUACAGCCCCACAUCGCCAAACUAUACACCCACAUCGCCCUCCUACUCUCCCACAUCGCCCUCCUACUCUCCCACAUCACCCUCCUACUCCCCAACCUCUCCCAACUACACGCCGACCAGCCCCAACUAUUCCCCCACCUCGCCUUCAUACUCCCCGACCUCUCCGUCUUACUCGCCCUCCAGUCCACGUUACACCCCUCAGUCGCCCACCUACACACCCAGCUCACCAUCAUACAGCCCCAGCUCCCCUUCAUAUUCACCCACUUCGCCCAAAUACACCCCAACCUCACCCUCAUACAGCCCCAGCUCGCCAGAAUACACUCCCACCUCACCCAAGUACUCCCCUACGUCGCCGAAGUACUCCCCUACAUCACCCAAGUACUCCCCUACGUCGCCCAAGUAUUCCCCUACAUCACCCACUUACUCCCCAACUACACCUAAAUACAGCCCCACCUCACCCACCUACUCCCCCACCUCUCCAACUUACACACCCACGAGCCCCAAAUACUCCCCCACUUCCCCAACAUAUUCCUCAACUUCACCCAAGUACUCGCCCACAUCGCCUACCUACUCGCCAACAAGCCCAAAAGGCUCCACUUACAGCCCCACCUCGCCCGGAUACAGCCCCACAUCGCCCACCUACAGCCCAGCCAUCAGCCCCGACGACAGCGAUGAGGAGAACAACUGAGGGGCUUCAAAGGAGGAGAGGAGGCAGCUAAGGGUGGACCAGGCCUCUGACCCGCCAUAUUUUGGCCAUCAGUCCUUACUUUGCUUUGGCUCCCAAAACUUGCCUCGUACAAUGUACAAGGCAACAAGUUUGGCUUUCUCUCGUCUGGUUAGCAACUUACAGAGGACAUUAAAAGAAAAGUCUGUUAGUUUAAUUUAAAUUGCUCCUUUUUAUAUUUGCCACUAUUUUCCUUUUGCGUCCUUCCCUAUCCCUCUUCAUCCACACACAAUCCCUUUCCCCUUCAUACCUGCUUCUCCUCAUUCUGCCUUUGAGUCUGAAAAGAGGAAAUAUAAGUCAGCUGUCCAUUGUUGCUUCGGAAAAAAAAUUGCGUAGAAGCUGGGGCUGUGUGUGUGUGUGUGUGUGUGUGUGGUGGGUGGGUGGGGUUGUACUUGCUAAGCUGUUGUGUUUUCAUUUACAUGGGAUCCUGGUGUGCCGCCUGGUCCAUCCAGAACAUCAGGACUGGUUUGAAUGAGUGUUGUGUUGGCAAGACAGGGUUUCAAGUUGAGGAAAGACUGAUUUGAGCGAACCUAAAGUGUCCGCUGUAUAGAAAUAAUUUCACAAUCUUCUGUGUAUAUUUGGUUUUGAUUGGGGAGGGCAGGGGAGGGGGGGGGGGAAAUUUCACAACAAGUCUGUUCUUUUUGACUCUGACUUUUUGACUUUGAUGUGUUAUUGGUACACUCAUAGCAGUGGUGUGACCCAGUGCACCUAUUAAUACCACUAUCACGUUACAGUUAUACAAACCAAUAAUAUACAAAAACACUAACAAUACAUGGCAUCGCAGACUUGUGGAUGGAUAUUGAAUACCAUUACUUAAGCAACAAACCAGUUACCUGUUUAUCCUUCACUAUAUUGUUUCUAAACAAAUACAAACUUCAAAACUAUAGACUACAUCGUCUGAAACAGGUCGGAACCCAUAUUUAUCUAAAAUGGCAAAAACAAAUGAAAUAAAAUAUUUCACAUUCAACACUCGUUAGCCCUAGUCAGGUGAACAAACCCUUUCCUACACUGACAUAUAUAUUAAUACACUCAUUACUUUGUUCAUAUAACCCACACAAAAUGAUGAGCAACUCCAUGCCUGUCUUAUUUCAUCUUGUCAGAACAGGUUCGAUUAAGUGCUAGUGUUCAUAUAAUGAUUCAAACGCACUGAUAACUUGUGUUUGGUAAUAGGCUUUCAGAAAUCAGCCAGAGGAUAGAAAGGCACUGAUUCACUGGGGGCCAGCUAGCUGGUCUUUUUAGGUGAAUUUGAACUCUUGAUUAAACAGGCCCAUUGCUAAUAGUGUGUAUGUGCCUUGGGCAAAUUACAUGGCAACCCAUAAAUUCUGAACUCUGAUAGGACAAAAAAUAACCAGCAGCUACGAGACAUGCUGCAAGAUAAACAUGAUUGACUGUUGGGAAUAAAAUUUCACGCAACACAUGCUAGAAUUUAAGUUGUAAAUGUACAGGGAAGGGAAGGGCUUGCUGGCCUUGACUACACACCACUGACUCAUAGAAGUACAGUACCCUCAUGUUAAUAUGCCACAUUGCUACUUUUCAGUAAUGGUACAUGUUACAUAUGUGCCACUCAUUCUUUGGCAUUUUGAAGAUGUUUGCAUCAAAGGCAAAAAACCCCAGUGUUAUUCUCUUAUAUGUAAUUUAAUUUUAUGUCUUAUAUUUUCACUUUUGGAACAAAUGGGUGGUACUUUGGUUAUGAUUUCCAAAUAUUUGUACCUUUUCUGUUCAAUUCAUUUUCUCUUAACAGGUAAUUUUCUGUCUGAUAUUUUGACUUUCUGAAGAAAUGGGUGGUACUUUGGUUAUCAUUUCCAAAUAUUUGUACCUUUUCUGUUGAAUUCAUUUGGACUAUUCCAUUUAUGUGACAAAGAUGGUUAAACUACUAUUCUUUGUGGAUAUGAAUAAACGACAAUUGCUUACAGUA